AUGUUGCAAAGUCGUCGUAAAAAGAGCAGUGAGUCUUUCAAAGAGUAUUUGUAUACUCUUAUGGAAAUAGCAAAGCCAAUAAAAUUAGAUGAAGUUAGUUUAAUUGGGUAUUUUGUGGAGGGCAUUCCCGAUUCAAGAGCGAAUAAAAUUAUACUGUAUCAGUCACAAACUAUUAAAGAUUUAAAAGAAAAUCUGAAGGUCUACGAAAGGGUUCAUGAUUCACGACUGUCAUCAAACAGAUCGCACUAUGGUCAAAAUACACCUAAGGCAUCAACCUCACAAAGUAGUAUAGAAGGGCCGAAAAAAUGUUACAAGUGCUCAUCUACCUCGCAUCUGGCAAAAGAUUGUAGCAACGCGAGUAAACAGUAUAAAUGUUUCAAGUGCGGUCAAGUAGGACACCGCAGUUUUGAGUGUAAGGGAGGUUCAGGAAAACAAAUAAAAACAGAAAAGGGUACAGUUAACACCAUGCUCAAUUCACCUAGGAAUCACGCCAGUGGUUUAAUCUUUAAGUGGAUACAAAUGGAGAAUGUUGUUGUCGAUGCUAUGGUUGAUACGGGCUCCGUUUUGGGUUUAAUUAACUAUAACACUUUUCGAAAGUUGAACUAUCCGGAAUUGAGUAGCGAGAAACGACGAUUAGUAGGUAUAAAAGAAAGUGAAUUGAACACAAUAGGUAGUAUAACAAGGGAAAUUAACGUAGACAGUGUUACAGUAGAAGUUACUUUUCAUGUUACUAAAUCUAAUGACUUGCGCUAUGAAGCUGUGCUUGGAAACGAUAUCCUGAAAAAGGUAGAUAUCUCGUUUUCGGAAGGCACUGCUGAAUUUAAACAAAAACCACAAAUAGUCGCCGGUAAUAAAACCGAUGAAACCCAUAAUUUACUGUUAAGAGAUUUUACAGCACUUUGUUUAGAAAAUGAAUUGGUUAGUAUUAAUGGCGAUCCGCCAUUGAAAUUAUCGCAUUUGCCCUCAGAUAAACGCGACAUAGUAACUGCCAUGGUAGAGAAAUACACGCCGGUACCGAACUCUAAAUCCCCAGUUGAAAUGCAAAUUAUCGUAUCUGAUGAUAUGCCCAUCUAUUAA